AUGGGUACCUUUAUAAACAACACAGGUAACUUUAGAAACAAAACUUUAAACAGUACCAACAAAACAUUAAAUAUAAAUUAUAAAGUUCAGAGUAUAUCUCCAAAUUCUUCUUUAUUUUGUCCUGUAUGUAAUAUACCUUUUACUUAUAAAAUAAGAAUAAAUCCAUGUUAUCAUAUUAUAUGUAAGACGUGUUAUAAAUUAAGUUUACAAGAUCAAAAAUGUUUAAUGUGUAAUAAUGAUAUAAAUGACAUAGAGAAUAUUUUUAUAAAAGAUCAAAUAUAUAUAUGUCCACAUAAUGAUUGUAAGAAAGGAUUUAUUAAUGAAAAGAGUUACCAAUAUCAUAUAUAUUUUAAACAUAAAUUUUUAAAAGAGAAAAAUGAAAUAAACAGAAAAGGUAGUAAUAAUAGUAAUAUAAAUCAUGAUAUACAUAAUAAUAUAAACGAUACAAUAAAUUAUACUAUCCCCGAACAAAAAAAUAAUAAUUUAGGAAACUUUAAUAUUAAUUUGAAGAAGGGGGGUAUGAAUAUUUCUCUUUCUUCACAUACGUCCCAGUGGCCUAAUGAACUCAUAAAAAAUAGCUUGGACAGUAACAUAAACGUAAAUAUGAAUAAUUUAAAUAAUAUAAAUAAUGUAAAUACGAAUGAUAAAUCUAAUCUUCCAAAUAAUAAUAAUAAUAUAAUAAACCCCUUUGACAUAAAAGCAAAGAAAUUACAAGAAGGAAAUGAACCCCUUUUUACAAACAUAACUACAACGAAUAAGUUUAUGAAUACCAACAAAAUGAGUACGUCAAAUAUAUUAACCAACAAUAAUAAUAUCACUAGUAAUAAUAACUACAAGUUUUUAAACAACGUCCCAGGAACUGACACGUGGACUAAUUCUGUUUUUUCCAUCAAAUCUAAUUUCGACAAAGAUGUUAACACGAAUAAAGGUGAACAAAAUGUUACGGAUGUGCAAAAUAAUAAAAAUAACCAACAAGAUGAUGAGUUAGAUAAUUUAGAGGAUUUUAUGUGA